AUGAAAUCGCUUCUAUCUCUGUUCACUGUGGUGACGUUUCCGAACGGAGGGUGUUCCGGGGCCUCAGGAGACAACGGCACCUGCAUGACAGCAAGGGAGUGCUCCGCCAGGGGAGGUUCAGCGAAUGGUUACUGCGCCAAUGGUUUUGGCUUGUGCUGCAUUUUCAUGACAUCUUGUGGGAGUACAACUUCGGAAAACGGAACAUACUUCGUGAAUUCUGGGUACCCUUCACCAUAUGACGGCACAAGUUCCUGUGAACUUACUAUCAACAAGUCGCAUCCGAGCGUUUGCCAAAUCAGAUUGGACUUCGAUCGUUUCACAAUCGCUGGUCCAGAGAAAAUGAACCACGUAUGUAAUCAGGACCAAUUCAUAGUGUCCGGUGGUAAUCCGAUCCCAGCCAUCUGCGGGACGAAUCAAGGAAAUCACAUGUACGUCGACGCCGGUAUAGGAACAACAAAUCCGGUGAAACUGACAUUUGUUACAAGUGGAAACUCGUUCGAGAGAAUAUGGAAGGUAAAAGUGACGCAGGUACCCUGCGAUACUUUUUAUAAAGCGGCUGAGGGUUGUCUUCAGUAUUACACUGGAGUAUCCGGACAGAUAAAAUCCUUCAACUACGACCCUGCGUCUGGUUUGCAGCUGAGCAACCAAGAUUACGGCAUUUGCAUCCGCAUGGAAAGAAACUUCUGUGGCGUACAAUAUACUGCAUGUCCGGACACAGUCAACAAUCGAUCGCGGUCGUUCACCCUGAGUGGAAACAGCAACGGACCAGUUAAUUCCAUGAUCGGAUCCGGAGUGGGGCCCAAUAACUGCGCCAACGAUUGGUUGCUCAUCCCUUGUGCAGCUAAUGUGGGUAGGAUCCAGCCAGCGCAAGCAUUAUGCACGGAUAGAAUUUGCGGCGGCACCUUCUCGGCUGACUUGUCUAUGCAAUCUGCUUCUGUACUAAGCACAGUCAAACCAUUUCAUCUUUGGUUUCAUACAGACAACGUAGAAGCGCCUGUGGAUGUAGAUAACAGAGGAUUUUGCCUCAAUUAUGUGCAGCAACCUUGCACUAACAAUGUGAUUUAA